AUGGUGCCGGCGAGCACGGUGCUCACGCUGCUGGGCUUCUGCGCCAGCGUCCUCUUCAUCGUCUUCGUGUGCUCCCGGCUCGUCUGCGCCCUCACCCGCCACGUGCGCCGCGGCCGCCGCCCCUCGCCGCCUCUCCCCCGCUUCCCCCCCGUCGGGGUCAGAGCCGGUCACUCCUCCCACGUUCCGUUCGACCGCCAGGGACACGCCGCUGGAGGGGGAGGGGUCGACCCCGCCGCCGUAGCCGCCUUCCCCACCCGCGCCUUCUCCGCCGCAGGCUGCCCCCGCGGCGAGGCGGCGGACGCCUCAGCCAUGUGUGUCGUCUGUCUUGCAGAGUACGAAGAUGACGACGUACUCCGCGUUCUUCCUUACUGUGGCCACGAUUUCCACGUGGCCUGCAUCGACAUCUGGCUAAAGCAGCACUCGACAUGUCCUGUCUGUAGAGUUUCCCUGCGGAAUGACCCUGGCAGAAAGCAUGCUGCGCCGCCUCUGCCGAGCGCGGUGAUAGUAAUUCCCCCAUGCUCGCCUGAAGUGUCGAGAUCUGACCCAUGCCGCUGCCUGUUCUCCGGCAGAGGGCAUUCGCCAACGACAUCGUCACAGGUUCUUACAAACGAACCUGGCCAGGCGAAUCAGAUUCAGGUAGUAUGCCAUCCAUCGGAGGAUCAGGGAAACAAUCCGACGCCAUCUGAGGUUGGCUCUCCUGGUGAGAAUAACAACCAGACAGGGAAGUUGAACAUAGAGAGUCCUCGCGUAGUUGGCAUGCUGCCAUGA